UCUCUCUACUCUCUCUCACUACUCUCCACAACUUAUUACUAACUACUCAGAAUAUUGCGCAAACACACACACACACACACAGAGAAGCCGUUGCACUAUACAUAGCAGCUGGAGCUAAUUAAAACACUCUCUGCUGACUGCUCUCUUUCGUAAUCUGAUCAUUACACCCAGUAAACCACCAACACCACUUCACCUUACACAGAGAGAGAGAGAGAGAGAGAGAGAGAGAGAGAGAGAGUAUAAUUAACAAGCAAUGAAGGCUUCAGGACUCCAGCUCCCAAUGUUAGGGAUCUUAAUAUUCAAUCUAUGCCAAGGUGCUCUGGUGAUCAAUGCAUUUACUAACAGUGGCAGUGGUAGAAAGCCAUACAUUGUGUACAUGGGAGAACUCCCUGAUACCAAUGACGCAGCUGGCUUUACAACGGCGGACUCGCACAACAGUCUUCUUUUAGAGGCAAUUGGAGAGGAGAGGAUAGCCAAAGAAUCCAUCAUUCAUAGCUAUACAAGGAGCUUUAAUGGGUUUGUGGCAAGGCUAUUGCCUCAUGAAGCAACUUUAUUGUCGGAAAAAGAGAAUGUGGUAUCGGUGUUUCCAAACACCGUCCGAAAACUUCACACCACAAGAUCGUGGGAUUUUAUGGGAAUGCCAGUGACAGUGACAAGGAAUGAAAAAAUUGAGACCAGUCUCAUAAUAGGUAUCUUGGAUACAGGAAUUUGGACAAAGUCGCCCAGUUUUAAUGAUGAAGGCUACGGACCUCCUCCAUCCAAAUGGAAGGGCCAAUGUGCAAAGGGAGCUAACUUCACUGGAUGCAACAACAAGGUCAUUGGUGCAACAUACUACAACUUGGACAGCGACCCAGAGGCUCGCCCGACUCCGGUAGAUCAAGACGGCCACGGCACCCACACCUCCUCCAUCGCCGCAGGUGUUUCGGUAGCCGGCGCUAGCUUGUAUGGCCUGGCGGCUGGCACCGCACGCGGAGGCGUUCCCUCGGCUCGGAUUGCAAUGUACAAGGUUUGCUGGUCCAUCGGCUGCACAGACAUGGACCUCUUGGCUGGAUUCGACGCCGCCAUAGCCGAUGGGGUCGACAUUAUAUCUGUAUCUAUAGGUGGGAGCCCGAGGCCUUUUUUUGAGGAUCCGAUUGCAAUUGGGUCGUUUCAUGCGAUGAAGAAGGGUGUAUUCGUUUCUUGCUCGGGUGGGAAUUCCGGGCCCCAGUUAAUGACCGUGGAGAAUGUUGCGCCGUGGCUCUUGACGGUUGCGGCCAGUAGCAUUGAUCGCCAGUUCAAGGCUGCUGUUAAAUUGGGCAACGGCAUCCGUGUCUCCGGAAUAUCCAUCAACACAUUCUCACCAAAAAAACAAAUGUAUCCUCUGAUCAGUGGUGCCCAAGCUGCAAAUAUCAGUGGACAACAAUAUGGAAAUGCAAGUGCUUGUGAAUGGGGGACAAUGAGCCAGAGCAAGGUGAAGGGGAAGAUCAUCUAUUGUCUUGGAGUCGGUGGUCAGGAUUCCACCAUUAAAAACUUAGGUGGGUCUGGAGUAAUUAUGUCAGCGGAUGAGGAAUCGGACAUUGCUUUCCUCUACGUUGCUCCAGCAACCACCACCGCAGCUAGAGAUGGAUCAAGGAUCAACCGCUAUAUCAACUCCACUAAAACAGCCAAAGCUGUCAUAUACAAGUCGAGAACUGUUCACAUGAAUGCCCCUUUCGUGGCUUCUUUCUCAUCUAGAGGACCACAGUCAAUCACUCCCAACAUCCUCAAGCCUGACAUAGCUGCUCCAGGACUGAGCAUACUAGCUGCAUAUUCAGAAUUGUCGUCUCUUACGGGGAUCAAUGGCGACAACCGGUUUUUCAAAUUUGACAUACUUUCAGGAACGUCAAUGGCUUGCCCCCAUGUCACAGGGGCUGCUGCCUAUGUCAAGAGCUUCCACCCAGAGUGGUCGCCUGCUGCCAUUAAGUCUGCUCUUAUGACCACAGCAACAAGCAUGAAGAUCAAGCAGCAGGAAGCAGAACUAGGCUCAGGCUCAGGCCAAGUAAAUCCAACAAAAGCAUUGGACCCUGGCCUCAUUUACGACAUUAACAAGAGCUCCUACAUUAGUUUCCUAUGCAAGCAAGGAUACAACAGCACCACUAUCCGCCUCCUCACUGGCGGCAAAAAGCAAUACAUCUGCUCCACCUUUCCCGCUGCCAAAGGAACCGAUGGCCUGAACUACCCCUCCAUGCACUUCCAGCUCCUAAACACGAACACCAUCAUUUCAGCUGUGUUUUAUCGGACUGUAACUAAUGUAGGGUACAAUAAUUCGGUCUACAGAGCAAAGGUGAGCUCGCCUGAAGGCCUUGAAGUUACCGUCAUUCCUAAAGUUGUUUCUUUCAGUCGGUUGCUCCAGAAGAGAUCAUUCAAGAUUGUGUUGAAAGGGAAGUUUAUCAAGGAUACGGAUUGGAUCUUAUCAGCAUUGUUAGAGUGGAGCGACUCUUACGAACACAUUGUUAGAAGUCCUAUCCUUGUGUAUAGGCCACUGUAUAGUGAUUUUUAGCUUCAGGGUCAUGAUUGACCUUGUUAUUUCACAUUGUUUGUUUGUUGGAAGUAUAGACUCGAUAAGCGUCAAGAACUUGGAUUCUAUUCAUAGAUACAAAUGUAAGCAUCCAAAUUUCAAAGCACAGCAUAGACAUGAGUAAAUGGAGAAUGGCAGUAGACUGUUAAAU